AAAAAAAAACAAAAACAGAGUGAUCGAAUUGGACAUGUACCGUUAACUUUAAUGGUUUAGACGAUAUGACAUCUGAUUGGCUGAAUUCAUUCAAAUAUUUUAUAAAUAAUGCUGGAAGGGACGGCGUUUGCGAUUCUAUAAAAAGGUAUCUACUUUGUCACAGAGAUGAUCAAGUUCUUUCUUAUCGUUAACAAGCAAGGGCAGACAAGGCUGUCAAGAUACUAUGAGCGCUUGGAUGUAGAAAGAAGGUCUCAGCUGGAAUGCGAGGUUAUCAAACUAUGCCUCUCUCGGACCAAAGAUCAGUGCUCCUUCCUAGAGUACAAGGCCUGUAAGCUGGUGUAUCGUCAGUAUGCAGCAUUAUUCAUUGUGGUGGGAAUAGAUGAGUCGGAGAAUGAAAUGGCAGUGUUUGAACUCAUUCAUAAUUUUGUGGAAGUUUUGGACAAAUAUUUCAGUAGAGUGAGCGAGUUGGAUAUUAUGUUUAACUUGGACAAGGUACAAAUCAUUUUGGAUGAGAUGAUUUUAAAUGGCUGCACUGUUGAAACAAAUAAAAAUCGCAUCCUUGCACCACUACUUGUCCUGGAUAAAGUGGGGGAAACCUCAUCAUAAACAGGGAGAUUACUGUGGAACCAUAAAGAAGAAAAUAUGUUCUUUGUCCAGCUGCCUGAUGUAGUCUAAUAGAUACAAUUUGAUGUUUUGAAAGAAACCACAUGACAUCAUUGAAUUAUGUGACACGUUUCACAAUUGGAGCCAAAAGAAAGAAAAGAGACAUCAAUUUAGGGCUGGUCUAUUGUGCCUGUAGACAAGGAAGUUCAAUAUAAGUAUCCUAAACAGAGAUCGGAUGUAAAUCCUUUCCCCAUUUUUUUUUUUUUUUUUUUAAACGGGUAAAUGCCUUAUAAAGUUUGUUAAUAUAUAUAAUUUGCAUUUACUCUGUUAAAAUGUUUUAUCACAGUAAUGGCUAGAGUGUUGAGAAUUUUUUUUUAUUCUUUAGAGCAGUGCUUCUUACCAUUUCCAGUAGAAAAUAAAAUGUAUGCUUACCUAAAAAAAAACUCCUAGCCACUAGGAGGAGGCAAAGAUCCCCAAAGAAUUAAAGGGACCGUCUAGUCCAAAAUAAACUUUCAUGAUUCUGAUAGGGCAUGCAAUUUUACACAACUUUCUAAUGUACUUUUAUCUUCAAAUUUGCUUUGUUCUCUUGGUAUUCUUUGUUGAAAGCUAAACUUAGGUGGGCUCAUAUAAUUUCUAACUUAAGCUCUUGAAGGCCACCUGCAUUUGAUAGUUUUUCACAGCUAGAGGAUGUUAGUUAAUGUGUGCCAUAUAGAUAAAAUGUGCUCACUCCUAUGAAGUUACUUAUGAGAGAGCACUGAUUGGCUAAAAUGCAAGUCUGUCAAAAGAACUGAAAUUAGGGGGCAAUAGAAUAAAGUGCUAAAUGAGUACAGCGCUACAAGACCCUAAGAAAGGGUAUGUGGCUAAAGAUGGUGUCCACGAUUGGUUAUACUAUCUGUAUUUGGUGUGUCAAUUUAUAUAAUACAAGUAACCGAUGGGUCUAAAUACAAAGAGAUUAUAAUAUAUCCAAUACUCCUAUAUGCUUGGUUUAAACAUUUAAUAUGACAUAUAGAGUUUAAAAUCCUUGGCAAUAUGAGCGUACAUAAAUUACAUAAAAUACAAUUACAAAAAAGCAAAAAAUUAAAACAAUGUCUGAUAGUACCGUUGCAUGUACAUUGAAAAAAGGUCCAGUUACAGAAAUAAAGUCAUGAAAGUCCAAAGAA